GCUAGUUUGCUGUUGCAGUGCGUUACUUGUACGAUAAUUUAGCAUUAGAAUGGGCCGUAUCGUAUUAAUUAUAGUGGGCUAAUUAUGAUUUCUUUUGUUUUAUGCCUAUUUAACUUGCUUAUAGUUUAAUAUUUGCUGCAUUGAACUGCAAUUUGUGAAUCUGUCCUGCAUUUGAUUGUUUGUGAAAUAUUUUUGAAUAUCCCGUGACUAUAUUCAAGUCAUGUAAGAUGCAUGAACGUUCACGAAAUACUGUAAAAUACGACGAAGAAACAGUUGUAUUAUAUAAUUAAUAUUUAAUAUAUCAGUAGCAAAAGGCAAAAUAUUCAUUACAAGAAAUGAAUAUCAUCUUGAUGUCAAUUCUCCUGCUUUGUUUAGGUGGAGUCAUGAGUACAAAAAACGUAACUCAAUCAGAUGAAUCGCAACCAAUCAAGAAAGUUGACCUCGCUAUAAAUCAAAAGCAUACAACCAGAUCGAAAUCCAAGAAAUCCAUUUUCUCAAAAAAGAAAUGCAAGAAAAUUUGGAAAACAUGCGAAUGUUUCUGUGCAAGAUUCCAGAAGACACUAAAUAAAAUGAGUUGCGAAGAAGUUUUUAAAUUGAAAUGGAAAAUUGGAAGAUGCUGGAAAUGCCGGGUUUCCUGCGAUGAAUACAACCGGGUGUCUGGUGGUCUUGGAGGAUGAAAUUAAUGAAAAUAUGCCAAUAAAUUAUCUGCAUCAUUAUUUAUUUUAAAUUGUAAUUUUACCAAUUUUAACGUUCCAACAAUUUUCAUAAUAGAACUUUGAAUUGAGAAAUAUAAUAUUAGCUAUUGAAUAGGUAUGUAAGUCAGUUUUGCUAAUAUGGUUUUGGUAAUAUAUAUGAUAAUAAGGUUGCACUAAUGGACAUGAAGUGGACCUAUAAAUCGUUUUGGUAUUGUGUUAUUGCACAAAAAUUUCGUAUUUCUCAUCAAUUACUAGACCAAUUGCUUUGUUUAAAGUUGGUGUUAUCGCAAGAAGGCCAUUCAUUACCCAUUGCAUAUAUAUAUUUAUUUCAAAACUUCAUGUGGGCCCUAUGGGAUUCA